AUGAAGUCGUUUGUAUUGCUGUUAUUUAGCUUGGUGUUCGUUCCACUGGCAACAACUGAAUUCAACUUAUACGCUAAAUAUGAGGAUACUGCUAUUGGUACCUCCAUUGGGAUAUCAGAUGGUUGUUUAGCAGCUCUGGAUAAUGUAACGGCGUUGUGCACAGCGGAAUGCUCGGAGACUCUUUCAACAUGGCUCUCCGACGUGGAAGCUCAAUGUGCAGGAGACCGAAUCAAUAUUGACGACCAUCUCAUUGAGCCUUAUACAAUCCCCUUGAAGUACAUUGCGGGCUUUGAUAUGGCUUGCUUGCAAGAUAGAUGGUUCUUGGAUCUAUGUUAUGGCGAUGAUCCUCCAUCCCAGUGCGAUGACCAGGUCCUCAUAGAAGCAGACGCUGCCGCUGAUCCAGAUGAGAUAUCUGUGACUAAUAUGUAUAGCAAGGAUUUGUUUUGUAGUGAAUGUUUCAUGAAGAUGUGGAGACAAAGGCUUCUUUCGCCUAUCCUAUCUCCCGGCAAAUUUGCAGAGUACCUGGUUGACGAGUUCAAUAAAAUUAACGCAGUCUGUUCGGAUUCGCCCAGCACGGAGCCUACGGCUGCCGAAGUAGGUGAAUCACCUUCGCCUGUUGCAAAAAGAGCAGAUGGGGUCUAUGAUGGAGCUUCUACCCCAGCACUUCCAACACACCCAGGGGCUAUUGAAAACUGUGGCCAAUAUUACGACGUAGUUGAAGGUGAUACUUGCGGAAGGAUUGCGGCCAAGUUCUGGAUCGGACUUGCUCCAACUUGUGGGCAGAUCAUGCGAUCUGCAUAUCUCCGAUUGAAAAAGAGCCAAUUUCCACAGAUGGAAAUUGUGGAGAAGGAUAUGGGACCGUAUUGUAAAUCGAACAAUCGCUGUGGGCCUUGUGAUCUCGAUGACUUAGAUCCAGAAGACGUCACUCCGACGGACACUAUGCCCAAUAACCCAGCUCCUUCUACACCCGUUGAUUCCUCGCCAACUAAGCCGGUGCCAGAACUCCCUGCUCCCAGUAGUACGGCUCCCACUUUCCCGAGCGAUAGUGCUCAGGACGACUUUGCUACCCCUGAACCAACUCCUACUGCGGAUGAUCCCACCCCGGGGAACACAACCCCCACAAAACCUGUCCCACCAAAGGAAACAGGACGUCCUGACAAUGCUACUAUGGCCAUUAGCGUAGAUGGGAAAUGCUCUUUAAAUGUCUCAUGCACAGGAUCCAGUUUUGGUGACUGUUGCAGCACCAGUGGGUAUUGUGGGACUGGAUCUGACUGGUGCGGUGUCGGAAAUUGCUUGGCUGGCGCCUGUGAGAAAGAUGAUGGAAACAUAAGUUUUGACGGAACUUGUGGCCCACUAUUCCCAGGUAAUAAGACAUGUUCUGGCUCGAAAUUUGGCGAUUGCUGCAGCGUAUCUGGAUAUUGCGGUACAGGCCCUGAUUGGUGUGGUAAGUGA